AUGGUGACCCAGGCAGCUGAUGCAUGUGCUGCUGCCAGGCUUCGACGCUCCAGGGCGUUGGCAAAGCUGAAAGGAGCGCCUGGGCGCAGAACGAUGCGAUCCAGCGAUGAGCUUUCUUCACCAGGAAGCACGGUGGCAGCGGACGAUAAGGAGGUGAAGGCAAAGCAAGAGGAGAACGGCGAGCAGGGGAAGACUGACGCAAAGAAGGCUGCUAACCAAGAGAAGAAACCAGAUCACAAGGAAGAGGGGAACAAGAAGGGAAAGACGGAUGAAAGUCAGAUCCAAGAAAAGAACGGAGGGAAGCGAGAGCCUCACCAGGAUGAGAAGGCAAAGUGUGAAAAGACAGAGGACAAAGACAAAGAGCACACGCCGCCAGCUGUCAGCCCUGGACCUUCAGGCACAAAAGCAUUGCCAGAAGUGAAGCGGCUGGCAGAAAGGGCGAGAUCAGGUGGGAAGCAGAGCAAGACUCGAAAGCUGCAGCUACUCUUCGAGCAGUGGGUCUCUGCAUCGGAGAAAUGGUCAUCGAGCAGUCUGGUGAUUUCAAUGAAACAGCGGCAUCAAAGAAGGCACAAAGGAGGAAGAAGAUGGCUCACCAAGGCUCAGAUUGCCAUCAAAUACAACUCAAAAGAGCUGGCAGAAGAGAUUUGUCAUCACAAGGAAAGCGAUGAAUACCUUCGCAGCACAGAAACCAAGCCCUUUCCAGACAAACCUGGGCUCUUGCUGUACCUGGUAUGGGAUGAAGAAUAUGUGUCCGAAGAGAGGGACGAGGUGCUGGAGCAAUUGUAUGAGCUACGGGAUGACUCGGAACCCAGACAAUCAAAGAAGGACAAGAAGAAUGAGAGUGGCAAGAGCAAGAGAAAGUCGGAAAGCAUGAAAGCGGCAAUGACUGCUGAGCUGGCCUCUUGGAAGUCCAGGCUGGAGCAAGCGCGCAAGCCUCUUCUUGAAGCCUUCGAGCGCGAUGAGGCUGCGCUGAUGAUGACCGUGGCGCCCAGCCUUUGUACGCUCAACACGUUGCCGAUGAAGUUGCAUCUGGAGAGCCUUGGUAAAGAAAUCAUCCCGAACCGGCGCUUUGCGGUCACUGAACUCAGAGGAAUCACCUUUGUGAGAGCGCAUCUGGUUCUAUCUGACAUGAGCUUCAGGCUUGGGCCGGAGAUGUUCUGGCGGAGCAAAGACGGCCGCCUUCAGACGCGGACCGCGGAGGCGACGUCCCAAAAGUCUGGAUGGACAUCGAAGCUGUUGGGUAAAAAGAAGAAGAGCAAUCAGGAGGUCGUCUUGAAAGGACAACUGGCAAGGACAGCCCUGAACUAUAGUGCAGGAGUAGUGCAGGAUCAUGCUGGACGACCUCAAUGCAACGUCUCGUGGACAGUGGAAGAAUACUAUGCGAAGCUUUCCAAGAAGGUGGAAGCAAAAGAACUGGAUCGUGAGAAGUUCAUUCAAGAGCUGCGCGCCAGAGACAAGUCCCCUGGCGAAAGACCGUCGCUCACCGUGCGUCGUGAAGCUUUCCAACUUUGUGGCAGGAUUGAAAAGAACAAGUUCAGCUUCCUCACUGGAGGGACGCUGGUCACGGACUUUUGCUCAGCAGCAAGUUGUGACAGUUACCAAGGCGCUCUCGGUUCUGUAGCAGCCUGCCGCAGCUGGGAGCACGAAGAAGUGACGGCCGGUGGCGCAUCGACCUCCAAAGCGACUGAGGAUGGAACUCACCAGUCUCGUUCUGUUGAGCAUCUCCUUGGCACCCGUUUUGAAGGCUCGUCCAUGCGUUCCAUGCGCGCGAAAGCGCCCGGGGCCGAAAUGGGUCAGAUCCGGAGGGUGCGGGGCGAACGGACCAUCCUGUCCGGAAGAAAAACCGUACUGCUGGGACCCCGGCUGGACUACCCUACACAUCCCUACACCACUGGCUGGGGCGUCACCACAGGACUGGUGCCGAUUCCGCAGGGCUUUGGACCGGUCAUUCGGCUUAGGCCGAAGUACGUGGGGUUGACACCACAAGAGGUGGCCUUUGCCGAAGAGGUCUUACACGAAGCUCGAGAGAAGGUGCCAAUGGAUCAGCACGGCCCUGAUGCAGGCCUGGUGGCUCCGGCGCUGCGAAGGCUGCACGAAGUCGUUGAGGAGGCGGCCGCCCUAUUUCCAGCUUGCGCUUGCGCCCUCCUCUCCUCGCCUUUGCUCCCGCUUCCCUGCUUCUUGCCCGAGCGCUGGGACAAGCUCGGGGGGGGCGGCUUCGCAAUUGUGUGCAGGGGCCGCUUUGGGGCUCAGCAGGUGGUGCUGAAGGUGCUCAAGCAACAGACAGAAGAAUUCGCAAAGCAACUGAAGCACGAAGCGCGGACAAUGCUUCUUUGCGCGUGCCCUCACGUAGUGACCCUGAUUGGCACAGUGGGGCCCUGCAUCCUCAUGGAGCCGAUGGAGUGCGACUUGCGUCCGUCUCUACAACGGGCUGUUGCCACCCCAAACACUUGCAGCCGUGGCACGAGACAUUCUCAUGGCCCUGGUGCACAUGCGGCUGGGCAUAGCCCACAGGGAUGUGACAUCCUGGCAUCAAAUCAAGAUCCGCCAUUCACGACCAAGUUGGCGGACUUUGGCCUGGCAGUCCACACCCGCGCAGGCAUGCUUAGCGAGCCAGUGGGCACCUUGCCUUUCAUGGCCGACGACUUCGAGGCACUACCAGCGGCGAUCAGUGCAGCAGAGGCCGUGGGGGUAGAGGUCUCGGAGCUGCGCUUCGCGCGCGCGGUGCUGCAGCAACGGAAGGAGCUGCGGAGAACCAAGGCCUCGGAGGCCGCAAGGGGCAUUACAACGCGUGGUUGCUUCGGGCUUGGGAUCCUGCAGCAGCGAAUGGGCAGCGGCGGUUCAGGGGUAGGACGCAAGGAAAUCUCUGAAAACCUGAAAGGCCAUUUGGCCGUCCGCCAAGGCUCAGCGACCACCGCGGUGAAGUUGACCACAGCACUGGCGAUGGCCAAAGUGGUCUGCAACUGCCUGGCGCUCAUGAAAGGCGCAAGAGACCUGAACGCUGCCGAAGAGCUGUUGAAGACGAUACGACGCCUGGGUGGUAAGUCUUAUUUGAGCUACCUGGGACCCAACGGCCCAGUACCUGGAGUACGAACUGAGGGUCAGGAAGCUUCGGGUGCUCGAUCGAGCACCCUUCGAGGACUGGUCCAGAAGCAUUGGGGCACCUUCUCACCAGAGGUCCAAGAGGCCUUCAAGGAGAUGGGAUUGCAACAAAUGGCAGAAGAACCAGACCUCACAGAUCCCACCUAUGUGGCCUACAAGUUCAAGACCACCAGUGGCCAGCUCAGAGCACUGGGCCAGAAGAAGCUCCAACUGGAGCAGAGGGAGACCAAUUUGCAGAAGCAAUUGGCACAAGUGGUGGCAGCAAAGGAACAGCUCCUGGACAGGCUACAGACAUGCCACCAGGACAUGGAAGAAAUCUCCCAGCACUAUGCACAGAUUGUCCUGCAACCCAAAGGACAAGGCACCAGCAUGGACACACAGGAGCCACCAGAAAUCCCCUCAGGCAAUCCAGAGAUCCAGCACCAAAUGGAGACCUUCCAUGCAUUGGUCUCUCAGCUGGGCAGCAAAGUCACCACAGAUGACAAGCAAAGGCUGCUACACACAAUGGUCAGGGUCCUGGAAGAUGCAGGUCAAAAGAAGAGAAAGACCAACAUCCAGCCACCUCAGUACUAUGAGCCAGGCAACCCAGAUGCAUACAUGGAGCAAGGCACUUUCACAGGGUAG